AUGCCUGUCGUCCCAAGCUGUAGCGCUGCUAUCGCCGCUGCUUCUCAUCGGCGAGGAAUUCGGUCCGAAAACAUCGACUUCGAGGGUCCAAUGGGUGCCAAGGAGCAGGAUGGAUGCAGUGCAACCUCCCGCGAACGUCUUUCUAUCUGCUGGCGCGCAUUUGGGCGCGACAGCUCCCCUGGCCAGGUCGCUCUUCCGUUGCAGAUGACCAGCUCCCGGAAGCACAGUAUGGUAAAGCAGAGCUUCUGUGGCACUACUCAGCUCGCGGCCAGAUAUCCGCUACCGGCAAACAAGACUACAUCAAUGAAAGGAUGGGCUCAGCAAGCUCUUCCGUUCAUCCUCGACGGCCUCAAAGCUCUCAGCACGGUCGGCAGUCAUGCGAACUGUUGA